AUGGCUUUAUGGUUCGAGUUUUGGGUUUCGAUAUCUCUUUAUUAUUUAUUAAAACGACCGUUUCCAAAUGUCGACAUAUUUGACGUCGUCGCCUUGUUGAUCGGAGUUUCUUACUGCUACCGCAUUCUAUGCAAGCAUUGUGUUUCCCUGCUUGACAAAUUGCCAGUAUCGGAUCAUAAGAUUUAUUUUGCGAGAACAUUUCAUGCGCGUUUUUUUCCAACGCGUCAUGCAUUUGAAUAUCCUGUAUUGUAUGUUGGUGUCGAUCUGGAUAAACUUUCUUCUGGGAAUGUGUUUUUAUGGGGCAAAGAUUCCGUGUUUGGGAUUUUCAAUAGGAUUUUCGCGUAUAAUCAAUCAGCAUUGUUCAGUGUUUUUGCCGAUGAUUAUUUGGGUGAAGUGCGAUUGGAAAAUAGUGACGAUGAUAGCAAACCAGGUGUGCCCAUUGUUCAAAGCAUCAAAGAAAAAUUGCUCUGGCAUAUUCGAAGACGCAAAAUAUCUACGGAGAAUUUAAAGCAAAUUGAAUUAAUUACUACACCGAGAUUUUUCGGAUAUGCCUUUAAUCCAGUCAGCUUCUAUUUUUGCUAUGACAACAACCAAGAGCUCGCCGUUAUUGUCUUGGAAGUCAAUAACACAUUCGGAGAAAAACAUUUAUAUGUACUUUCACGGAAUACGGGAGAUGAUGCAACGAUUCGAAAAGGAUACGAUCUGAGCUUUACAUUUCGUCGUGCCUUUCACGUAUCACCAUUCAAUGAUAGAGAAGGAUUCUAUCAGGCAUUUUGUAGAAUUCCGUCCAAAGGGAAACUUGAUAUGCGUCUAGUGAUGUAUACGGAACUUUCGGAGUCUCACAAUGAUGAACCAGGAUCUAUUCGACUUGGCAAAAAAAAGAUGGUGGCCGUUGUGUCUGCUUCUUCCUAUCCACUUUCGUUGACUAGUCUGUUUUGUGCCAUGAUAACUUAUCCAUUAGAUGUAUUCUUGACAAUGCCUCGAAUAUUAAAAGAAGCAUAUAAACUUCAAUAUCAAAAAAGAUUGGGAAUUUUUCAUAGACCUAAUCCUAUAGAAGGAACCGUAGUAAAACUGGCACCUAAUUUUAUUGAUCGUUAUGCUCAACAAGUUACCAUGAAAUAUUUGCAUGAAUUGGUUGCAGUUUGUUCAGAACCAAUUUCUCUUACGAUUCAUCUUCCUUCCUUCAAUGAAUCACCGAUUCAUAUUCCAAUUCAAGUCAGAAAUACUAAUUCGUUCGAAGAACAAAAUCGAGCACAUAAAAAAAUCGUUUUGCAUCUUUCAAAUUACACUUUUUUCACAAAUUUUCUAUUUGAUCAGAGUAUUUAUCGCGCUCUUAUUGUUGGAUAUUUUGAAAAAGCAUGGGAAUGCAAUGACCUCUCCUUACUGCUGGAUUUCUUUUUCAACCUUACAUUGAGAGAGAACAACGAGGAUGAUUAUUUUAAGAAUAAACCAUACUUAAUCGUUUGGGCAGCAAAGAUUCGAAGAUUUUAUUUGAGGAGUGUCAUUAAUGGAAAAGAUUCUGGUGGGCUUGAGGCAAAAAAAGAAUUUGAUCGAUUGAUUCAAAAAUUAUCGUUGAAUAAAAGCAAAGAUCAAGAAUUCACAACUGCAAUAGUACAAGAUGAUGUGCUAUUUUCUGAAACGAAUAUGAAAAUUCCAAUUCGAAAUCUUUUGGAUGCAAACAUCAAGAUUUGUGACUUCAAACAUAUUUAUAUGUUUAGUUCACAUUCAUCUGGUUCUAUCAAAGAUCUUUUAUCGUUAGUGAAUGACAAACUUCAUUUGCUGCCAUUUCCACCUCGAUAUUUUCCCAAUGAACUAAUACGACAUCCUAUUGAUAAGAUUGUACUCACCUCUUCAGCAUCUAAAAGUGACCGUUUACAACAUUUUUUGAUUUUGCUUAUUGGUGCCAUGUUGUACAAAUUAGACGCAUGGUUUUGGCAAAAAACUACAGACUUUAUAGAGGGACCACAUGGUAACCCUUUUGUUGUAGAAAAAUAUAUCUGGGAAGGUGUAGUAGAUUUGAUCAAAAGAACUAGUGGUAAUAACUCAUGCGAGAAUAUACUAGAUGCAUGGGAAGUUGUAUUUGAAAGAAAAGAUGAUCAAUUACAUUUGAUUCCACCUGUUCCCUUGACGAAUUUUCCAUGGAGAUCAAGAGAACAAUCGAAUCAUAUUAAAGAUUUUCAAUAUCGGUUAUGGUCGUUUAUGAAAACUUUUAGGGAAGUUGUACUUAUUAAUCGUAAUACAUAG